CUGACGUAAACACGUGCACUUCCCUGGUUACAGGUUUCUCUUUUUUUCUUCUCCACCAUCUCUCCCCCUUUCUCGCAUUAUUCCCUGACAACUGCAGCGAUGGCGGAACCGGUGGCAUCGGACGCAAUAGCAACAGACGCAGCUCUUUCUCCGGCUGUAAGCCCGGGUUCGGAGCCUCCAUCCAUGGCGCUCUCUCCUUCUGCAGGCGGCUCCCAGCGGCUUCUUUUCUCCCACGAUUUGGUGUCAGGUCGGUAUCGCGACUUGGUCCGGUUCGGCCUAGUCAGAAUGAUACAAGGCGAGGAGGAGUUUGAUUCAGAUUCGGACCUCGAAGAUGGCGGAGGUAGAGGCGGGGGUGGUGGUGGUGGUGGUGGAGGUGGCUGUAUCCCCUGUAACUCGGACACCGAUAGCAGUGUUGUGGACAGCCUGGCACCUCUGGGAAGGGGUUUUGUCCGGGUGCAGUGGUACCCAGAAGGAGGGAAACAAGACAUACGGGAAACAAAGCUGAAACUUAUAGAUCGAUCCAUCGUUAUCCGAGACAUUGUGCGGCGGAUGAAUUCUAACGACAACCAGUGUGGCAUCGUGACCAACAUCAACAUCGAGUGUGCUGUAAAACUAGUGGGGACCAACUGUGUCCUUUACCCUGUCAACAGUAAAGACCUACAUCACAUCUGGUCCUUCAUGUAUGGGGACUACAUAGCCUACGACUUCUGGCUGGGGAAGGUGUACGACCUGACCAACCACAUCAUCCUCAAGCUUUCCAAUGGAGCCAGGUGUUCCAUGAAUGUGGAGGACGGAGCCAAGCUGUACGACGUCUGUCCGCACGUCAGUGACUCGGGUCUUUUCUUCGACGAGACCUAUGGUUUCUACCCAGGCCAGGUGCUGAUCGGGCCGGCCAAAGUCUUCUCCAAUGUCCAGUGGCUCUCCGGGGUCAAGCCCGUGCUCCGCAAGAAGAGCAAGUUCAGGGUGGUGGUCGAAGAGGUCCAGGUGGCGGAGCUGAAGGUGACGUGGAUCACCAAGAGUUACUCCCCCAAGGGCACGGACAGCGUCUACCCCCCUCCGUCUACCAUCUCCCAGGAGAACCUCUGCAGAGUGAAGCGUCUGGGCUUCUACGACCACACCCAGAGGCAGCUGGGGGAGAGGGCCCUGUACGUGUUCCCAGCCAAGGGAGACACCACACACAUCACCUGUGAGUGGCCCGACGGGGCCCCCGGACUCCCAGAGGACCCCGUAGCCAGGAAGUUGAAAAGGAUGUUCAAGAAGGAGUCGUUAGGGAAGAAGACCAGUGAGAGUGCAGAGACACAAGGAGCAAACCAGCACUCCACCGAGAAGACGGACAGCUUUUACGGUGACCUCAAGCCUGACAACACCCACCCAGACUCCACUGACCACACCGCCCUCCCCCGCCCUCACCACCCCAACAACGGCCCCAACCACACCCUCCAGCCCUUGACCCUGUGCGCUCCUCCCUCCUCUGACCCAUGGCCCGAGCCCGCGGAGCAGGACGCAGACGACGAGGCGGGGGCGGAGGACACUGACGACACCUUGUCGCUGACGUCGUCGGCGAGCAGCACGGCGUCGUCGCAGAGCGGCGGUCUGGGGGCCAACAGGAAGAAGAGCAUCCCUCUGUCCAUCCGCAACCUGAAGAGGAAGCACAAGAAGAAGAGGACCAAGUUCUCCCGCGAGUUCAAGCCCGGCGACAGGGUGGCAGUAGAAGUGGUGUCCACCAAGACCUCGGCCGACGUCCUCUGGAAGGACGGCCGUAUGGAGACCCUCAUCCGCUCCAAUGACCUCAUCCCCAUCCAGCACCUCGACAACCAUGAGUUUUGCCCCGGAGACUUUGUUGUCGACAAACGACCCCAAGCUCCUACGGACCCGGGCGUGUACGGGGUCAUCCAGUCGGGCGACCACAAAGGCAGGACGUGUGCUGUGAAGUGGAUCAAACUCAACGCCUCCAGCGACGACGUGGAGGUCACAGGAGAAGAGGAGGAUGUUAGUGUGUACGACAUCGCCGACCACCCAGACUUCCACUUCCGUACCACUGAUAUCGUCAUCAGGAUAGGGAACUCUGAGAACGGGCGGAAUACGGAGUGCGAGAACGAUACGUCAGUAGGUCAGGUCUUCAGAGUGGACGUGAGCAGCAAGGUGGAGGUGGUGUGGGCCGACAACUCCAUUACCAUCGUCCUACCACAGCACCUGUACAAUGUGGAGUCUGAGAUCGAGGAGACUGACUAUGACUCUGUGGAGGAGAGCAGCAGUGGCCUGUCCACGGAGGAGUGGGAGGACGAGAGCGACAGCUGGGAGACUGACAACGGCCUGACCACCAACGAGGACGACCAGCACCCUGCCAACGACGACACCACCACCCCGGCCGCCACCCCCACCGGCUCCAGCCCCUUCAUCAUCCCCCCAAAGGAGGGCGGCAUAGCAGGGGCCACUACCCCCACCAAGCCACCUAACUCCUCAGAGGACCUGGAGGGAGCUGGGGCUAUAGUCAGCCCAGGCACCGGUGCUGGAGGAACCACCCCUGGAGCAGGAGGGGAUGCAGCGGAGAAGCUCCCAGGGAAAGAGAGCACGCCGCGGGGCUUCCGUGAGCUCAAGGAGGCCCUGAAGAUCCUGGAGAGCCUGAAGAACAUGACGGUAGAGCAGCUAUGGACCGGCGGCUCGCCUACCUCGCCCACGUCCGGUGCUGCACCCGUCGCCAACGGGACUAACGCCAACGCCGCCACUGCCAUCACGCCAGAGAAACCCACCAAGGAGAAGCGCUUCCUGGAUGACAUCAAGAAGCUCCAGGAGAACCUGAGGAAGACCCUGGACAAUGUGGCCAUUGUGGAGGAGGAGCGGAUGGAGGCAGUGGUGGAGGGUGGGGCAGGAGGAGGUGGGAGUACGGAGGGAGGGGAAAGAGGGGGCGAAGAAAGGCCCCAGGAGGAGGCAGCGGCGGCGAAGACUCCAGGCGUGGCGCCAGAGUGGCCCAGCGAUACGCCUGUUCUGUGCCAACAGAGUGGUGGAAAGCCCGGAGUCACCUUCACCAGUGCCAAGGGAGAGGUGUUCUCUGUGCUGGAGUGGUCACCAGACACCCACACCUUUAAGAAGAUGGAGUUCCAGCCGGCCGAGGCCAAGAAGUUUUUCAGCACCGUGAGGAAGGAGAUGGCUCUGCUGGCCACCUCGCUGCCCGACGGCAUCAUGGUGAAAACCUUCGAGGACCGCAUGGACCUGUUCUCAGCUCUGAUCAAGGGGCCCACGCGCACCCCUUACGAGGACGGCCUGUUCCUCUUCGACAUCCAGCUGCCAAACAUUUACCCGUCGGUGCCGCCCCUCUUCCGCUACCUGUCACAGUGCAGCGGGCGCCUCAACCCCAACCUCUACGACAACGGCAAGGUCUGCGUCAGCCUGCUGGGCACCUGGAUCGGCAAGGGUACAGAGAGGUGGACCAGCAAGUCUAGCCUGCUGCAAGUGCUUAUCUCCAUCCAAGGCCUGAUCCUGGUCAACGAGCCCUACUACAAUGAGGCAGGUUUCGACAGCGACCGUGGCCUGCAGGAGGGCUAUGAGAACAGUCGCUGUUACAACGAGAUGACUCUCAUCAAGACGGUGCAGUCCAUGACCCAGCUGCUGCAGACACCCAUAGAGGUGUUCCAGCAGGAGAUCCGGCAGCACUUCACUUCUAGCGGCUGGCGCCUGGUGCACCGCCUGGAGGCCUGGCUGGAGCUCCACGAGCUAGCCGAGAGGGGCCCUCCGCCAAGGCCAUCCCGGGACAGGCCUCCCUCAGUGGGGCCUCUAAAUGAGACACUCCCCUUGGAUCUUCUGGCCCACAGCACCCCCAACAAACCCCAGGGCACCGGGGAUGAAGAGCUGGAGGACUCUGGCCUGAGCCUUUCCACCACCGCCGCCUCCCAGCAGGAGCUCAGCCAGAACUUGGACUGCGACGACGCCGUCUUGGCCAGUGAGGUGGCCGGGGCGAGCGUGGUGGUCUCCGGGUCUGUUAGGGGGGCCACCUCGGACUCUGCGGGCGGCAGCCAGCCGGCGGUGCGACCAAAGAAGCGCAGGAAGAGCUACCGGAGCUUCCUCCCCGAGCGGAGCGGCUACCCGGACAUUGGCUUCCCCCUCUUUCCUCUCUCCAAGGGCUUUGUGAAGAGCGUGCGCAGUGUGCUGCUGCAGUACCGGGCCGCCCUGGCCGCCACCCCCAUCCCCGACCACAUGGAGGACAAGUGACUCCCCCAACGCCUACCACCUCAAAGCCCACACUCUAAAAGCUGCACUGUGCCCCCAAUGAUUUCUCAAAUAGCCCCCCGUACGCUCUGUCCCCCCUUGCCCAACUGCUGCCCAGUGCCCCUGCCCCUCAGCCAUCUAUCUAGUGCACUCUUGCCCCUCCUCCCCUCCCUCAGACCACUAGAAGUUAACUGGGUGUAUGCGCUUUUUCCGUCAGUGUCCAGAGGCCAGUCAGAGGCCAGAUGUGAAGGGAGAGGAGUGGGAGUGUCUUAUGGGGAUCUAAGCCACGGACCAUAAGCGCCCUCCCUCAUAUUGGACCCUCUGAGCUCUCAUGGACACACAGACAAGGAGCGAGAGCCUCGACUGGAAGGCAGCGCCACACGUCUGCCCCUCGUGGACCCUCCUAGGCCCUGACGGACGAGGAAGGAGAGGAGGAGAGAUGCAGAGCUGGUUUGAUUUAAAAAAGAAUAAAAAGAAAGAACAAGUGCCAUUGACUUGCAUCGUCUAUAGUUACUGUAAGGGGAAGUGGAAUUACCUGAAGAGACAUUCUGUGUGAAUUGCCGUCACAAAUUAAAUUUCUUAGCACAAAUUAAAAUAUUACUCCGCCGUGUCAAUUGGAUCUAAACUAAACGGAGACUGUUACAGUUGCCAUGGCGUUCUGGAAUCUGCAGGGUGAACCUGGACAGAUUCCCAAAGCUGGGUUUUCUCUGAACUACAUUUCCCAGUAUGCCUGGCUCCUUUAACCCUGGCGGGCACCCUUAGCACUGCUCCUGUGCCCUGUUACCACCCUGCACUCUCCAAUCAACAGACAAUCUCGGCAGGUCUGGGCACCUUUUGACAUGCUGACGUAUUGAGUUUCUUUUUAAUGUGGAUGUUGCUGGUUGUUUGCUUUUUGCCCUUCUCUCGCUCUUUCUCGACUUUAGAGACACACCCCCAAUCUGAAUGUUAUUAACUGCCCACCUACAACCGCUUCACUCUGCUAUGUCCUUGUUGGUUUCCUCGCCAAUCGCUCGCACCAAAACAUGUCGUUGCAGAAACACUUGAGUGACAAGUUUACAUACUAAUCACCACUUCUGGAUGUUAUAUACACUAUUAGGCCCUAUGGUAUAUACCCUGAGGAGAGACUUGGCUCUAGAAUAGAGGAGUGACACAGAACUAUAUGACCUUACCUCUAGGUGAGGUCAAAUGAGCUCUUUAAUAUCUUUGACUGUAGAAAGUUUCCAUUCUAAGACUUGAUAACUUUCUGACACUGUACAGACUUUUUUUUUUUAGUUAUGUCACCCAUGUCGCUCUUAAGACUCAACUUGACAUAUUUUUUUUUCCUUCUACAGGGGAUCAAGGCUAGGUUGAAAAUACCCAGUUUAAGAACCACGUUUGAAAAUAAACACAUUCUUUGGACCAGCGCAGUUGCUGAUUCGACAGGAUUGGCAUUGAAAACGUGACCUGCGGUCAGGAAAUGAAAUGAAGUGAAGUGACUGUAGAUCAUUUGAAAAAAAGUUUUAAUGAAUAGAAUGACAGUAAAACAAUUAUCCUGUGUGUUUGUGGAGUAGUUAGCUGAAAUUCACUACGGUUGUGUUUUAUUUCCCACCUUGAUGGCUAACUUUCUGUACUGCUGACAUUCACUUCCGUUCAUUUUCUGUCUGGCGCUGGUCCGAUGAACGUUUUUAUUUUCUAACGCUUCUCCGUGGAAUUAUUACGUUGUCUUAACCUUCUCUAUGUUCAAGGUAGUGGUGUUUUUCCUUCCUUGCAGCUGUCAUUGACCCUUUAGAGUCGUUCACAAUGGUCCUCCAGAGCUAUCCCACAAUCCUCUCUUCUGCUCACUCAUUGGGCUACUACUAGAAGCGGGAGCCACAACCGUGAACUUGACACGAGUUUCAAAAACCGCUAUCCAUUCCAUCACUAAAUGAGUCUUAUCUCAUCUCAACAUGUUGCCUUACUUGAAUUGUUCUUCUUAGUAUAUUAUCAGACCCUAUGUACAGAGCUGCUUGUUACCCCCGCCUGAUACCCACUACAUUCACCCCAUUCCAGUGUUCAGAGGUUGGCCCUCUAACAUCAGACCUGGGUCCGUUUUCCCUGGACUUGUGCUUAAUUUAACAAUUCGGAGGUAGGAAAAAUGUAUAAAACGAAUAAUAAAUUAAACAAAAUCACUGAUCCCAGAUCUGCUUUGACAAUGGCAACUUCAGCCCACAAGUUGAAUGGUCAAGUUACACAGCUUCAGCCUCUGUAUUCCAGUGUUACUCUCAACUGAGGUUUGUUUGGGGAUGGAGAUUGAUUGGAGUUUGUAGACAGAGUUUGAGUGUGGAUGCAGAAGGUUUUGAGGAGCUUGUAUUUGGUUUUGUUCUUGCCCUUUGCCGUGAGCAUGAUGGAGUGUCACUUUUGUCCCCAAGAUUGGAGUGGUAUCCCGUUCUUUAAUUUCCCCAGUUCAAAGGGUGAAUGAUGCACUUUUGACAACAUGGCCUCUGGCAUAGUCAUGCUUGUACUUUGUGAUAUUACUUUUAUAUUUCUUUAAAUUAUUGCCGGUUUGUUUAUACUUGCUUGAAAAAUGGUCAAGUGUUCUAUUUAUUAACACAGGGAGCUUUUCUCUGUAUGGCCACCAGGGGUCAGUGGUUCCAUUCAUUGUGUUCGCCGAAGAAUGAAAGAAGCCUGGUCCCAGACCUGUAUGUUCUUUGACCAACUCCUUUGGCUAGUAGUUGAUUUUAAAGCACAAACAGAUUUAGGAUAAAGUGUUAAAAGGAGUACUGUGAAAGAAAGUGCAGCGAUUUAACGCCAUCUGGUUCUUAUAUAGCCUGGUCCCAAAUCUGUUUGUGCAGUCUUUGCCGAGUUGGCAAGAAUGCACAAACAGAUCUGGAACUGGGCUAGUUCUGAUAGUGCUUCCUUGGUUAUUUGAACCAUUGUUGUUUACAUCCAUGACAUCCAUCUGAAAUAUAUUAUGCUCUUGUUUUUUGCCAGAUAUUCUGUUGGUCCAUUCCCCUUGUGCUUACCGGUGAACUGAAAACGAGGGCGUUGGCUCGUCUUUUUGCUUGAACAAAGACGCUAAAUGCUUGGUGUUUAUGAGUGUGUGAAACAGUACAAAGUGCCAUUUGUAAAUGAUUGAGUGUAAAGCGUGAGACAAAGAAGAAAAGAAUAGGUGAAUGGGAUUUUUCUUUUCUUUCUCCUUCCACCUUAAAAAAAAUAUAUAUUUAAAAUCCUGUACCAUGCAUGGCAAUCAGGCUUCCAUUGCUUCUCUUCCUCGACUUUCUUCCUCUUUUUUCUUUUGCUUCCCCAUUUUAGGCUGCAGUCCUUGUAGCGUAGCAGCCUUGGUUGGUUCCCGCCAACCUUCUCCUGUGUUUGCAACCAUAGAGCUCUCUCUCGCUCAUGCACUUGUUUCUCCACUAUUGCAAAAACAGAAAAAAAUGUGAAGCCAGGUCUCGAGAGAAGGAUUUCAAGCACAUGAAGUUAUGUACAAUUUUCUGUGUAUGUUUAUAUUCAGACAUUCAUUACUGCGAGAGAUUUCCAGCCAAAGCAUGUAACAUGUUGCUUUAAGCCUUGAACGGACACAAGACUUGACUGUACGAUGUGAACAUUUCCACAGUGGCCUGUAUUGGUAAACUAAUAAACUUAUGAUUUUUAGCCUGAUCCCUCUGUACAGAAGUCAUGACUAUACUAUAAAUGCAUAUAUUUAACAAACUUGAGCUCUGUAAGUGGUCAUGAGAACGCUUGGGACAUAAGUACACAUUUUUUUCUUCUUGAUUUGUCAUUUUUUACAGUUCCUUUCAUUAAGUUUCAAGACCUGUUUUUAAAGUGAUGUAUUAAACUUUGCAAGCAGUACCAUGGUUACAA